AUGUUAUAUGGUAGAGACACUAUUUCUUUGAAAGAUGUUAAGGCGUCUUUGAAUUCUAAAGAACUGAAGAAAAAGGUGUCCAAAAAUUGGAAUGAAAAUCAAUCAGGUGCAUUGGUUGUAAGAGGGUUGUCAGUUUUGAUGUUUAUUGAUGACUAUGAUGGUGUGCAAUUUGGUGAGAGUUACGGAUUCUGCGAUAAGAAGAUAGUGAGACACCGCACUAUUUGGGAUUUGCCACAACCGUUGUUAGUCGCAGACAACAGGGAGUUAGUAGUUUCAGAUAAAGAUCCCGGUGUUCAUGAGCAGGUAGAGCUUGAUAAUGUGGUUUCGGUUGGACUUAUUUGGUAUUGUAAAUUGGAAUUUGCCCUAUGGGGUUUUAGAGGAGAUGGCAGAGAGGGAGCAGAAAGCACUACUUCUGAUGAUAUAAUGCGGCAGAUAGGCAAAAAGUUAUUGGUUUCAACAAAGGAAAUCGGUAAAAGCGGCACUGGGACCGUUGUAUAUGAGGGGCGUUAUAAUGACAUAGCAGUUGCUGUGAAACGUAUUCAACAAAGUCAUGGUAACAUGGCUGACCGAGAAAUCACAAAUUUCAUAGCAAUAUCUAAACAAAACGAAAAUAUUGUAAGAUAUUAUGGGGCGGAACGUGACAGAGACUUUAUUUAUCUCAUUCUAGAGCUUUGUCAUUGCAAUUUGGAUGACCUCAUCCAAAUAUAUUCUACAAAUUCUUCUAAACAUCAACAUGUGUCAGAGUACUUGGAGAAAGUGAAGAAUAUUUUUGGUGAUGUUAAGCUUUGGAAAGAAAAUGAUCGUCCUUCACCUUUAUUACUGAAAUUGAUGAGGGGCAUUGUUUCUGGGCUUGUUGAUCUGCACAACUCACGUAUCAUUCAUCGAGACUUGAAGCCCGAAAACGUUUUAAUAAUUGGGAAAAGCUCAGGUUUAUGUGCAAAGCUUUCUGAUAUGGGCAUCAGUAGACAACUUCGUGAUAAUAAGUCUUCAUUAACUAACAACAUUUCACGUUGUGGCACUAUGGGCUGGAAAGCAAAAGAAUGCCUUCUUGCAGAUGAACGCCCUCCUGUAAUUUCUUCUGAUCAACGCCUAACAACUGCAAUGGAUUUGUUUAGUUUAGGCUGCCUCCUCUUUUUUUGCAUCACUCGUGGUAUCCAUCCAUUUGGGGAGCAUGAUGAACGUAAUAUGAAUAUUAAAAAGGACAUCGUGCAGAACCUGAAUUUGUUACAUAAUUUCCCUGAAGCUUUUGAACUUAUUUCUCUUUUAUUGAAAGCGGAUCAUCAGGAGAGGCCAAAAGCAAAUGAGGUGUUGCUCCAUCCACUGUUCUGGGAUGCGGAGAAGAGACUUUCUUUCCUCCGUGACACUAGUGACAGAGUAACCAAGAACUCUGAUAUUUCCAACGCGCUCGAAUCUACAGCUGACACAAUUUUCGAAACAGAAAUGAUGUGUUUGUUAAAUGUGGUUCUGAAAUGGAACAAAAAGGUGAAUGACAAGAUAAUCAAGCAUAUUUCCACGUAUGCAAGGGAGGCUUACAAGUUUAAUAGCGUUCGAGAUUUGUUGCGAUUGAUUGGAGAUAUUUGUAAACAUUAUCAACAACUUCCGGACAAUAUCCAGAGACUAGUUGGAUCGUGUUAUGAAGAAAUUGAUGACUAUUUUACAUGGCGAUUCCCAAUGCUCUUGAUUGAAGUGUAUAAAGUUGUGUGCACGCACUGUAAAAAAGAGAAGCGCUUUGGGAAAUAUUUCAACCAGAAUAAAGGGGAAUCUCUAGCUGACUGA